ACUAUGGGCUCCCAUCCAGAUUACGACUUUGAAGACCAUUUCCAUGACCAUUACAAUCACAGCUCCAACCACAGCUACAAUGAAGACGAGGACUACGAAGAAUUCUACCAUACGGUCUGCGACAAACAGGAAGUUCGCUCCUUCGCCGGUAUCUUCCUUCCUGUGGUGUACACCCUAGCGCUUGUGGUGGGCCUGGCUGGAAACUCCAUGGUGGUCUUCGUCUACCUAUCCCGCAAGCGCUUGAGAACGCUGACGGAUGUCUUCAUCCUUAACCUGGCCUUCGCCGACCUUCUCCUCCUCAUGACCUUGCCUUUCUGGGCGGCGGACGCCGUCAACGGCUGGGAGAUCGGCGUGCCCGCCUGCAAGAUAACCUCGGCCCUCUACGCCACCAACUUCAGCUGCAGCAUGCUGCUGCUAGCCUGCAUUAGUGUGGACCGUUACCACGCGCUGACCCAAGGCUCCACCGGCCCAUCUGCAGGUAACCCACGCAAGAAGAGGGUGAUAGUGUGCAUGCUAGUCUGGAUGGCUGCCUGCAUCUUUGGUUUGCCGGACAUGGUGUUGGCCACGGUCAAGCACCACUCGAACGGGCGUAAAGCCUGCAGGGCCGUGUACCCUUCCAGCUUGGCGAGACCAGCGAAGGCCACCCUGGAGCUUCUGGAGGUGUCACUAAGCUUCGUGCUGCCGUUCCUGGUGAUGAUGUUCUGCUACUGCAGGGUCGGUAUGGCCCUGAGCCAGGCGGCAACCUCCGGGGUGAGAGGAGGAAAGCGGUGGAAGGCCUUCCGAGUGCUGAUAGCUGUAGUCGGAGUGUUUCUCCUGACCCAGCUGCCCUAUAACGUGGUGAAGCUUGUGCGGGCGAUGGAUGUCAUCUACGCUGUUGUGACGGACUGCGAGGUAAGCAAAGGCCUAGACCGGGCCAAUCAGGUGACGGAGAGCCUCGCCCUCACGCACUGCUGCCUGAACCCCGUGCUAUACAUCUUCAUCGGCUCGUCCUUCAAAGAGCACGUGCUGAAGAUCGCCAAGCGCUGUGGGCAGACCGGGAGACGCUACCGGCAGGGCACCGAACAGCCCACGGUGGAGAUCUCACUCAGACCACGUACGACAAGUAAUGCACAGUCAGAAGAGUCAGAGGACAUGGACACCAGCACCUUCACCAUCUAAAACACGGACUCGCUAACCGACAACCAGGGACUGCAGUUUGCAUCGUGUCAUACUACAGAUUACAGUACUUUCCUAAGCUCUUAAACUGUGGGUUUAUUAUUCAGUCACUAACCUCUUUUGCUCCUUUGCACUUCAACACCCUAAGGUGCAUCAUUCCGUACCUACAUUGAACACCGAUCGCAAAAUGGUGGCGUUUUAAGACUCGGGAUCCUCUGUUGGGUCUGUGGGGUUAAUCGUAAGGCUUGCUAUUCAGUUAAGUUAUUCAGCACUACUAUAAAACUAAUAUGUAAGCUAUGCAGUUAUGAGCAUGAGGUACUGAGGUGGGGCCACAUACGGGCCCUUGCAGAUCAUCAUACACACCAUCAUGAGUUAAACACCAGCAUACCAAGAAAUCUGAUCAAGUAUGGUUGAUCAUUCCUUUGUUAUCUAAGCAUGAGUACAAAUGUAAGCAUAUUACAAAAUAUUUUACUACAUGUACCUGUGUCAGAAGUUAAGGUAUCUAGGACUGUCAGCUUGUUAGAAGUUGUGUUUUGUAUACAUUUUUAAUAUAUCUAUAUAAAAAACAGACAUUGUACAGAAAUAUAUCUAUAUUAAAGCACUUUGGUAAAGAAA